AUGAAUUCUGUAAACUUCAACAAAUGGUUACGGCAAAAAUUGGUGCCGAAUUUACACGAACCUAUUAGUGUUGUCGUUUUAGAUAAUGCAAGUUAUCACACGGUGCAAAUUAAUAAGCCGCCAAAUCGACAAUCCCGCAAAGCAGAUUUGCAAAACUGGCUCAUUGAGAAAUCGAUUCCGUUUGAUGAAAGGUGUACUAAAGAACAGCUUUUAUGUUUGGUUGGACAGCAUAAAGAAGAGCCUGUCUAUGAAGCAGAUGAGAUUCUCAGGACUCAUGGGCACGAGGUUCUAAGACUGCCACCAUACCACUGUUUCUUGAACCCCAUAGAGCUGAUUUGGAGUAUCGCUAAGCGAAAAGUGGCCAGCAAAAAUGUAGCUCAAUCUGCGCAGGAGUUGGAAAAAACUAUCAAAGAAUGCUUCGAAAGCGUGACACCUAACGACUGGAAAAAAAUGACUGAUCAUGUUCUCCACAUAGAAAACCAGUACAUGCAAAAGGAGAAUAUAACUGCUCAAAUGAAAAGAUUUGUCAUAAGUGUCUGUGAUGAGGAGUCUUCUAGCAUUUUAGAUUCAGAUGAAGUGGGUUCGCAGACGGAGUAUUUGCUGAGUGACUUUGAUGACAACUCAAACUAA